UUGGCUGCUCCAGUCCUCAUAGGCAUCAUCGUCGUCUCCCUCCCCGCUCCUCCGGUCCAGCACCAAGGCGAGACCACAGCCAGCCAAGCUCAUCACAUAUUUACAUGCCAUUGCCAUCGCCACUCUGCUCUUGCUCUCUCCCUCACCUUCGCGUUCGCGUCGGCGGCCUUCUUCUUCCUCCCCCGCGUACAGUGUCGUUUAACCUUUCACCUGAGCCACCUACCUAACCCACCUGCCUCUUGGACCUCCAUUGUUCACUGCUCUGGUGGUUCCUCGGGCCAGGGCGAGGCCAAAGGAAGCAAGCACGAGCACACAUGCGGCACGCACGGCUCCGCAGCAUCGCAUUCACUUCGCUGCCCCGGGGUCUGCGUCCUCCCUGCCAGCGCAUUCACUAGCUGCUUGCAGCAAGCGGCACCGUGCAGCUGCCCUGUGCCCCCCUCACCAUCCUGCUGCAGCACCAGUACUAGUCCUAGCCCUCUCCUCCAACUAGCUAGCAGCUGGGUGGUACAUAACGAGAAGGGGAAGGACAGACAGAUGGUGUGGAAGAGCUGGGGCGGCGCCGCCCUGGUGCCCGCCAUUGUCCUCCUCCUCCUCGCCGUGGCGCCGCCGCUCUGCUCCGGCGCCGACGACGUCGCCGUCGGCUUCUCCGCCGCCCCGCGCCGCGUCUCCAGGUCGCCGUCCGCCGCCUUCGCCUUCCGGGUCACGCUGACCGGCGCCGGCGGGGGCCCGUGCGGCGACUGCACCGUCACCUGCCAGUUGGACGGCGGAAGGGCGUCGGACUGCGGGGGCUCCGGAAACGCCGGCGGCAACGGGACGGCGACGGUGAGCUAUGCAGGGCUGGAGGACGGAAACCACACCUUGGCAGUGUGCGCCAGCAGACGCGGAGGAGGAGGAGGAGGGCAGAGCCCCACCUGCGCCACCUACGCCUGGGAUGUUGACACUGUCCCCCCGACGGCGUCCGUCUCGGCGGGGUCAGCGUUCACGAGCGCCACCAACGUGUCGGCGCUCGUCUCCUUCACCGAGCCCUGCCCCGGCGGCGGUGGAUUCGUCUGCAACGACACCUACUGCAAUCUCGUCGUGUACGGCCCCGGCCGCGUGGAGCCGUCCACCCUCCGGGAGCUCCGCCCCGGCCUGCUCUACUCCGUCGCCGUCGCCAUCUCGCCGGACGCGCAGUACGGCCGGAUCAUCCUGCUCAUGGGCAGGGGCUUCUGCACGGACGCCGCCGGCCACCCGUUCACCAGGACGGCCAACUCCACCUUCACCCUGCACUUCGAUCGAAGGGAUGACUCUAUGAACAUCACCGCCACCGUCCCUGAAAAGAUGCUCGAGAUACAGGGCGUCACGAGGCUGGUCCAAGCUACCAACGAUGAAAAGGACCUGAGGAUUUACCUCUCCUUUGCUCAACCGGUGCUCAAUUCGUCUGAAGAAAUUCUGAGUGUUCUUAAGGCAACCGAUGCCGUACUGACGCCCACCGGCAGAAGCACCCUGGGGAAUCGCCGGUUUGGCUAUGUAGUGAACAAGAUAUCAGACACCGCUAUUGUGACUCUUGCCUGCGAUACAAGUUAUAUAAUCAGCAGGCAAGGGACUCCAGUUAAUUCAACAGAGCCAUUCACAUUUCUUUAUGAUACACAGAGACCUUCGGUUAAACUCGGCACAUCAACUUGGAGGACUAGUUCUCGCAAUAUUCCAGUGCUGAUAAAGUUUGCAAAGCCUGUGUUCAACUUCAGUUCCUCAGCAGUUCAGGUUUCUGGCGGCAAUGUGUUGAGCUUUCAUGAAGCUAGUAAGAGCAUAUACACACUACAGAUACAGGUGGUUGAUAAGCUGGUGUCCGUUCAGGUCUCUGAAAGUGCAGCCCAGGACGUGGCUGGAAACCCCAGCCUAGCAUCAGACCGUCUUGAAGUGAGGCACUAUUCUGUGCCCGCAUCAUCAUCAUUGAUUGCGGCCAUCACCACUAUCAUCUUUUUAGCAACUGCCGUUGUCGCCACGCUCCUCACCGUCUCGACAUCAUCGCUCCUCGCCUCAGGAGCUAUUCCAAGACCGUCCUCCUAUAUGAUCUCGGAGCCAUCAAGAAAUCUCUUGAGAAUGGCAUGCCACAUCCAAAUCUUUGCUCUGUCGAGAUGGCUGUCGGUUAACUUGCCAAUUGAGUACUACGAGUUUGCGAAGGGGAUAGAAUGGAGCAUCCCGUACAUGCGCCUUCCAUGGGAAGGCCCAGGUGCUGAUCCAUUUCUAGGCUACUCCACAAUGCCUGCCAUUGCAUUGUCGCAGCUGCUCGACAGGAGUGCUGUAGGGGCUGCUGACAUCUCCUAUCCUCGAGCACAAGGUCAGCCGGUGAUGGCGACGACUCAAAUCCCGUCAGACCCGGUAUUACCAACGGAACUCCCGGGAGAUGGGACUCUGAUAAUGCCGAUGCAAACUCCGGGAAGCGGGACGCCUGUGAUGCCAAUGCAAACCCCGUUGGAUGGGAAGCCACUGACUGCAAUGGAGUACCGGUCCUUCUUUGAGAACCCGGACAUGAAGCCUGAAGCACAGAUUAUCAUGAAGCUGCAAGAUUUGGAUGGGUGGAAGUACUUAGGCAGGAACAUGUUCUGGCUGGCCGUGAUCGGGGGCGGCCUCAUCCUCCUGCACCUCCUGACCCUCCUCUACUUCAAGCUGAGGUACAGGGGCAGGGAGGGGCGGCAUGGCCACGGGGCGCUGGUGCUCCCCAGGCUGGAGAUCAUGGUCGCCAUCCUCGCGACGCCGUGCAUCGCCCAGGCGGCCGCGGCGGUCAUGAGGGGCGGCACCACGGCCGGCGUGGCGGUGGGGAUCGCGCUGACCGGCGUCCUGACGGCGCUCCUGGUGGGCCUGCUGCUGUUCCUGUCGCUGGGCAUCGCCAUGGGCAGGCUGCUGCAGUACAAGGAGGUGCACCAGGAGGGGCGGGAGUACCACUGGUACCAGGAGCUCGUCCGCCGCACGCUGGGCCUCGGCAUGCGCGGGCAGUGGACGUGGAAGGACCUGCCGCGCGCCGCCUGCCUCGUCAAGCUCGGCCCUCUCUUCGAGGACCUGCGCGGCCCGCCCAAGUACAUGCUGACGCAGAUCGGCACGGGCGGCAAGCGCGGCGCCGCCGCCGGCGGCGCGGGAGGUGGAGGAGGAGGGGAGCGGAUCAUGGCGUCGGAGGACGAGAACGAGGACGCGGAGGCGCCCUUUAUCCAGAAGGUCUGCGGCGUGCUCCGCAUGUACUUCACGCUGCUGGAGUGGGUAAAGCGCGUGGCGGUGGGCAUCGUGGCCGGCGCGCACGAGUCGUCGGGGCGGUCGUCGCGCGCGAACGCCGUGGUGGUGCUGUCGAUCGCGUCGUUCCAGCUCGUCUUCAUGGUGCUCAAGAAGCCCUUCAUCAGGAAGCGGGUGCAGCUGGUGGAGAUCCUGUCGGUGGCCAGCGAGGUGUUCGUGUUUGCGGCGUGCCUGGCGCUCAUCGACUGGAGCGCCAGCGGCGAGGCUCGCGGCGUGGGGCUGACGAUGCUGGGCCUCUUCGCGCUGGGGUUCACGGCGCAGGCGUGCAACGAGUGGAACGCGCUGCUCCGGCAGGUGCGGCUCCUGAGCGCGGACCGGAGCUCGCUCCUGGACGGCGCGAAGGCGGCGUGCCUGGGCCUGCUGCUGCUGGUGCUGCCGUCGUCUGCCCUCGGCGACCGGGUGGCGGCGAACCACCAGCAGGGCCUGUCGCCCCCCAAUGGUGGAGCCGGGGAGAGCGUGGCGGCGUCGACCCCGACCCCGGGCGAGGCGGGCAGGGGCGGGAGCGAGGGUUCCAGGGGCUCGAACGAGCGGUGGUGGCUCGGGCAGCUGCGGGAGAUGGCCAAGGCGAGCUUCAGCAAGGAGGGCGGGGGCGGCCCCGGCGCCGGCGGGGAGGAGGAGGCGUCGACGAGCGGCACCAAGGCGAGGAGUGGGGAGUGGAAGUCCAAGUCGAGGGCCCUCUACAACGACCUGGACGCCAUCUUCUCCAACAGGUGAAGCCGCAGGGCAGGCGAGCGCGGGAAAAGAAAGCCUGAAGAUUCGACAUGAAUGUUCUCUGUUCACAGCUUUCAUUCGAUGCUUUAUUAGGAGGAAAAGAUGGCGUGUUUUUUUGUCCUUGUGACGUAGUAGUAAAAAUGAAUUAGCUUAGAUUGGUUCAUACCAUAUGUGAAGUGAAGUUUGUGAGGCAGCAUAUAGGAAGUGUGGACCUUAUUAAAUUCA